UAUAUUUGAGACCAUUUUUUUUUCCCGGCUUCCUCGUUUUUUUUUGUUUGGUGAGAACUUUUUUCCAGGCCCAUUUUUUUCUAAGAUUAAGAAGGUAGGUGGAGUCAGACUGUGAAGUUUGCCUCACUCCCUCCCUCGCUCACACACACGCUGCCUUUCUUCCAUUCUGUCAUUGCCAUCUCGGCAGUACAGAGACUGUCCAUGUCCGGCUAUUCUAAGAGUGGAGGGGACAGCACACUUUGACUUUUCAAAGGAGGGAUUUUUUAUUUCUUCACAAGAACUAAAGGAUCUGCAAGACCCUAAAGAAGAGACAGUAAGAUAAAAUUUGCUUUGAUUUUUCCAACUAUUUUGAAUAGACUUGUGAGGCAGGUGACAACCAGUUUUACCUCUGGAUUCUUUUCCAAAACAAGACCUGAAAUAGCAAUACGAGAGUUCAAGUUUUUUUUCUCUUUUUUUUUUUUUUCAUUAGAUUUUACUAUAAAGCCAGUAACUGACUUAAAGCACAAUGGUUGCUGGAAUGCUGAUGCCAAUUCAUGAACUAAGAGCCAUCUAUGAAGUCCUAUUUCGAGAUGGUGUUAUGGUGGCUAAGAAGGACAAAAGACCUCAGAUCAAGCACCCUGAAGUACAAGAUGUGACCAAUCUCCAAGUAAUCCGGGCGAUGGGCUCUCUUAAAUCUAGAGGUUAUGUAAGGGAAACAUUUGCUUGGAGACAUUUCUACUGGUACCUGACCAAUGAUGGCAUUGUUUACCUGCGUGACUACCUCCACUUGCCUGCUGAGAUUGUUCCAGCCUCUCUUCAGAGGGUUAGAAAACCAGCUGCUACUCUGGCCAUUGCCCACCGUGCUGACCGUGUCCAGUCUGUUCAAGGCCCUACAUCUUACGUUCCCAAGCCAGGUCGAAGGGAUGAAGCAGAGAGCCAAGAAGCAUUAACUGAACGCCAAGGCUACCGCCGUAAAAUGAUGGAUCCAGGAGAACGAAGGAAUUACGAAGAUAGGACCCCUAGGUUUAGGGGUCGUCCACUGACUGAAGAGCCAGUGCGUUCGAAGGUAUCACAGGAGGUUAGGGACCAGCAUCAACCUCUCUACAAGAGAGGACCAAGCUUCUACCGUGAAUCAGAGAAAGAGGUGGAAAACACAAAAAGAUCAACUCAUCAGGGGUCUAAUGUAAGACAUGAAAAGCAGGUAGUUUCACAGGAGAGUCAGAUGUUGGAUGUUCAGAUGAGGAACUACAGGUCUGUUCCUCUUCAAAGUGCAGCUUUGAAGCAGGAUGUGUCCCAGGCCACUGUGAUCUCCUCCUCAGUGGCCCUGCCAUUAUCAUUGGCUGCUGCUGGUGUGGCUGCAGGUGCAAUGACAUCAAAGAUGGCAGUUAGCUCCUCUUCUGCUGAAACACAUGUCAACAUUACAAAUACUGAGAAACGUGAGAUUACUAAAAGAAAAUCUUUGAAUUUCAUCGAAGACACCAAUCCAUCUACAACAAAGCUUGAGAGUUUGGAAGUCAAAGAAGACAAGACAAAACUAGUUAAAGCCACUGUCACAGCUACAGUCAAUGAAAUGCCAAAGCCCAAACCAGUUGAUACAAUGGAAUGCGCUCAGAAAACAUCCAAAGUUUAUUCUGGCUCUGCAACCUCUAAAGAGACUAAACUGGUUGAUGCUGAUCCACGAAAGCACAACGAAGAAGUGAUUGAUGAAUCAGUUAAAGCACCUGAACAAAGGACUCUAGUGAAAGCUAAAGAAGAUGGUAACAAAGAGAAAAAUGCCAAAGUAAACCAGAGGAGCAUCAAAUCCAAUAAUGAUGACCAGACCAGCAGCCCACCGGGGACCAAUAAUGAAGCAGUUGAUGUCUCCAAAGUCACAAUGACCCAAAAUCCUGUGGAAGUAACCUUAACAGGUCUGAGGGCAAAACCUGAGACUGAUGGCACUCCUCCUAAAAUUGAACAAGUAAAAGAAUCCUCAUCAAAUGUAGUUAACACUACUCAUGAUGCAGCACGUGCUUCAGUAUCUCAAACAAAACAGGAAGAUCCACAAUUGAGCAAAAAGAAUGUAGAUGUUACGGAGACAAACAUUAAGCAGGAUGUCAAUAGUCCUACAGGGAUUUCACCUGUCAAGAAGGAUGAAAUGCUGCAGCCAGAGGAGGUCUCUAAAGGUUUUGGUCAGGGGCUAGUGCAGAAUAUGACCCAUGCAUUUCUUUCCACUCAAGAUGCUGUUAGAGUAGAGGAGGGUAAAGACUCCAAACAAGUAGGAGAAGCAACCCCCAAAUCUAAGAAAAAGAAAAAGAAAGCAUCAUCUGAGAUUCCUAAGAGCCCAGUUAAAGAGGAUCUGCCUCCAAUAAAGGCAGAGAAGAAAACAUUUGAAAACAACACUGAUGAAGCGAUGCUAGACGAUACCCAAAAAACAGUAAUUACUAAUGAGUCUUUAACAGUUUUAACCUCCACAAAGAUGGAAGAGGAAAUCGGGGCUGAUGACAAAGCAGAUGAUGAUCACAAAAAAAUGGAUGCUGAGCUAAAAAAGGGGGCCCCUGUUAAAACUGAGAUUAUAUCAACAGAAUCCUCUACAGCAGUCUCUGCAGAUGUGCAAGUAAAAGAGACACCUGAGGAAAUUAUUGUCAGCACAGCAGGAGAAGGGACCCUUAAAUCUAAGAAAAAGAAAAAGAAAGUAUCACCUGAGAUUUCUAAGAGCCCAAUUAAAGAGGAUCUGCCUCCAAUAAAGGCAGAGAAGAAAACGUCUGAAAACAACACUGAUGAAGCGAUGCUAGAAGAUACCCAAAAAACAGUAACUACCAAUGAGUCUUUAACAGUUUUAACCUCCACAAAGAUGGAAGGGGAAAUCAGAGCUGACGACAAAGCAGAUGAUGAUCACAAAAAAAUGGAUGCUAAGCCAAAGAAUGCGGGCCCUGUUAAAAUUGAGAUUAUAUCAACAGAAUCCUCUACAGCAGUCUCUAGAGAUGUGCAAGUAAAAGAGACACCUGAGGAAAUCAUUGUCAGCACAGCAGAAGAAGAGACCCCAAAAUUAAAGAAAAAGAAAAAGGUUUCAUCUGAGAUUUCUAAGAGCCCAAUUACAGAGGAUCCGCUUUCAAUAAAGGCAGAGAAGAAAAUGUCAGAAAAAAACCAUGAAGCGAUGCUAGAAGAUACGCAAAAAACAAUAAAGACAGAAGGUAAAAUCAGGGCUGACGACAAAGCAGGUAUUGACCACAAAAAAGUGGAUGCUGAGCUAAAGAAAGGGGCCCCUGUAAAAACUGAGAUUAUAUCAACAGAAUCCUCUACAGCAGAUGCGCAAGUAAAAGAGACACCUGAGGAAAUCAUUGUCAGCACCACUACUCCGGAACAGAUGUGUCCGAAAUUAAAGACCACACUCCCUGAUAUGGAACCCUCAAAAUCCAAGGAAGCAACUGCUCCUAGUGUGGAAACAGUGACAGCGCAAAAAAUGAGUCAAGUUGAGAACAUGCAAGAAAAUGGAAAACUUGAAGCAAUACCAGCAAAGCAGUCAGACUCUCCAGAAAUCACUGUUGAGGCUACAUCUCUUCUGAGUGCAGAGAAAAUUACAGACAAGGCGACAAAAGGGAAGAAAAAAGGAAAAGGGAAAAAAAUAAUUGUGUCACCAGAAGUAGAAACUAAAAAUGCAAGGUCUGUCCCUAUGACUGAAGGAGAAACAUUGCAUUCUACUGACAUAUCAACACUGUCCAAGGCUGCGGACAAGGAUAGGCCUCUGGCCUCUGAAAUGACAGAAACUAAAGUUCCUUUAAAGAUGAUUCCUGAAAGAAUGUGCAGUGAGGAAGUCAGACAGGCAGCAGCUGUGCUCUCUGAGGCCCCUAUACACAAAGGGGAGGUGGAGCUAACACAGCCCUCUGCAGAAAAAACCAAGCGGGAGGUUCCGAAAGCAAAAACAUCUUCCAGUGUGAGGAAAGCACCCGCACCCGAAGAUUUAGCGUCAGCUGAGGCACAGGCCAGCCCUCUCUCCAGGCAAGAAGAGCCUCCCAGAGUUGCACAACAUUCAGCCAGGCAGGCAGCAGAGUGCAGCACACAGGAAAGGCUCUCUGUCUCUGAGACCUUAAAGCACGAAGAAGAUAAGAAGAGGGACUUGCUGGAGGACACACCCUCUGCUACUGCCACACCCGCAGUCCAGCCUGACCAGCCUUACCUUGGGGAUAUCAGUGAGUCUGAAAUAGUUGACACUGACGAGGCCACUAUGAGGAAGAAAAUAGUAGUAGUGGAGGAGAUAGUUGAAGUGAAGCAGAUCGUUAGCCCUCAGGCAACUGGGGAGCAGUCACCUCCCCCACCUGUGAAGACUGAGGUGGAUGAAGAGGAGCUGGACUUGGAUGUUCUGGAGGAAAUCGCUAUAGAGCGAGCUCUUUUGUCCGGGGCUGCAGGGGUCAAGGUGCAAGGAGCUUCACCUGAGUCUGACUGGGACCACUCACUGGGGGAGCCAGAGGAGAAGACAUGGCCUAACUUCAUUGAAGAUGAGCGAGAUCGAGUACAGAAGAAAACCUUCACAAAAUGGGUUAACAAGCAUUUGAUGAAGUCACAGCGCCAUGUGACAGAUCUGUAUGAAGACCUUCGGGAUGGACAUAACCUGAUCUCACUGUUGGAGGUCCUCUCCGGGGAAACUCUGCCGAGGGAGAAAGACAUGGUCAGGAGCGUUCGGCUGCCCAGAGAGAAAGGACGCAUGCGGUUCCACAAACUGCAGAAUGUACAGAUAGCUCUGGACUUCCUGAAACACCGACAGGUCAAGCUGGUUAACAUCCGAAAUGACGACAUAGCGGACGGAAACCCCAAGCUGACAUUGGGGUUAAUAUGGACCAUCAUCCUCCACUUCCAGGUCUCCUCCUCUAUCUCAGACAUUCAGGUCAAUGGCCAGUCAGAAGACAUGACAGCCAAGGAGAAGCUGCUGCUCUGGUCCCAGAGGAUGACAGAAGGCUACCAGGGAAUCCGCUGUGACAACUUCUCCACCAGCUGGAGGGACGGCAAACUCUUCAACGCCGUCAUACACAGGCACUACCCCAGGCUCAUUGACAUGGGCAAAGUAUACCGACAGACCAACCUGGAAAAUCUGGAACAGGCCUUCAGUGUGGCAGAAAGAGACCUGGGAGUGACCCGCCUGCUGGACCCUGAAGAUGUUGAUGUCCCACAUCCUGAUGAAAAAUCCAUCAUCACUUAUGUUUCAUCUCUAUAUGACGUCAUGCCUCGCGUUGAUGUCCGCGAUGGUGCCAGGGCUAAUGACUUGGAGCUGCGCUGGCAGGAGUACUAUGAGCUGGUGACCCUUCUGCUCCAGUGGAUCCGCCACCAUAUCACCAUCUUCGAGGAGAGGAAGUUCCCCAGCAGCUAUGAAGAGAUUGAGCUUCUUUGGCGUCGGUUCUUAAAGUUCAAAGAGACAGAGCUGCCACCAAAAGAGUCUGAAAAGAGCCGCUCUAAACAAAUCUAUCAGUCAUUUGAGAGUGCGGUUCAUGCUGGCCAGGUCAAGGUACCCCCCGGCUACCAUCCCAUCGAUGUGGAGAAGGAGUGGGGCCGACUUCACGUGUCCAUACUUGAGAGAGAACGACUCCUAAGGAUUGAGUUUGAGAGAUUGGAGAGGCUGCAGAGGAUUUUCAGUAAAGUCCAGAUGGAGUCCGGGAUGUGUGACGAUCAUCUCAAUCAUUUGGAUAGCCUGCUGCAGAAGGACAUCGCUCUGCUGAAUGCAGGGAAACCAGCUCAGCACACAGCAGAGGUAGACCGUGAGCUGGACAAGGCAGAAAACACGAUCCGCCUGCUUUUUAAUGAUGUUCAGAUGCUCAAGGAUGGGCGCCACCCGCAGGCAGAACAGAUGUAUCGCAGAGUUUACCGUCUUCAUGAGCGCCUGGUGAACUUGCGCAGCGAUUACAACCUCCGUCUGAAGGCUUCCACUGUCCAGGCCCCCAUAACACAGACGCAGCAACAGACCAGUAUGAAGGUGCGGCCAGAGAUAGAUGAUGUUACGCUGCGUUAUGUCCAAGACCUUCUGGCCUGGGUGGAAGAGAACCAGCGGCGCAUUGAUAAAGCCGAGUGGGGAUCAGAUCUGCCUUCUGUGGAGUCCCAGCUGGGCAGCCACAGGGGUCUGCAUCAGAGUGUGGAGGACUUCAAAUCCAAGAUUGAACGUGCCAAAUCUGACGAGAGCCAGUUAUCACCUAUCAGCAAGGGGACGUACCGAGAAUACCUGGGAAAACUGGACUUGCAGUAUGGCAAACUGCUGAACUCCUCUAAAUCCCGACUGAGGAACUUAGAUUUGCUGCACGGCUUUGUUACCGCGGCGACCAAAGAGCUGAUGUGGCUGAACGACAAAGAAGAGGAGGAGGUCAACUAUGACUGGAGUGACAGGAACACCAACAUGACAGUGAAAAAGGAAAAUUACUCUGGCCUCAUGCGAGAGUUGGAGCUAAGAGAGAAGAAGGUUAAUGACAUCCAGGCUAUGGGAGACAAACUUGUCAGAGAUGGACAUCCUGGGAAGAAAACCGUUGAGGCCUUCACAGCUGCUCUGCAGACUCAGUGGAGCUGGAUCCUGCAGCUGUGCUGCUGCAUAGAAGCUCACCUUAAAGAAAACACAGCUUAUUACCAGUUCUUUGCUGAUGUAAAAGAAGCUCAGGAGAAGAUGAAGAAGAUGCAAGAAAGCAUGAAGAAGAAAUACAACUGCGACCGCUCUACCACUGCCACACGCCUGGAGGAUCUCCUGCAGGAUGCUGUGGAGGAAAAGGAACAUCUAAAUGAAAUGAAUACUUUGCUCACUGGACUGAACAAGAGGUCUAAGUCUAUCGUCCAGCUAAAACCUCGCAAUCCCACCACACCCAUCAAAGGCAAGCUGCCCAUCCAGGCUGUCUGCGACUUCAAGCAACAAGAGAUCACAGUCCAUAAAGGAGAGGAGUGUGCUCUACUCAACAACUCCCAGCCCUUCAAGUGGAAGGUCUUAAAUCGCUCUGGAAAUGAAGCAGUGGUUCCUUCAGUCUGCUUCCUUGUUCCUCCAGUCAACAAGGAGGCAGUGGACAGCGUAUCAAGUCUGAAUUCAAAUCUUCAGCAGAUGUCCUCCAUGUGGCAAAUACUUCACAUUAACAUGAAGAGUCUGCUGUCAUGGCAGUACCUGACCAGAGAUUUUACACAGAUCCGCUCCUGGAACACCAGCAUGUUAAAGACCAUGAAACCAGAGGAGUACCGACUGGUCAUGAGAAACCUGGAGGGCCACUAUCAAGACUUCUUGCGUGACAGCCAGGACUCUCAGCUCUUCAGCCCUGCUGACCGUAUGCAGGUGGAGGAGGACUACAACAAAGUUAGCCAGCAUUUUGACAACCUGCUUCGCUCCAUGGAGAAAGGACAAUUUCAGGUUGUUAAACUCAAAGGUCAACAGGAUGAGACUCUGUGCAAGAACUACAUUUCUGAGAUCAAGGAUCUCCGCCUGCGUAUAGAGGACUGUGAGUCACAGACUGUGGCUCGCAUCCGCAAACCGCUGGAUAAAGACCCUCUGAAGGACUGCAGCCAGAAACGAAAAGACCAGCAGAAAGUCCAAGGAGAACUUGAGGGACUUAAGAAGGACCUGGAUAAGGUGUCUGUGAAAACACAGCAGGUGUUGGCUUCUCCUCAGCAGCCUGCCUCAGCGCCAGUGCUGCGCUCAGAACUGGAUGUUACUGUGCAGAAGAUGGACCAUGUCCACAUGCUCUCUUCUGUUUACCUAGAGAAGCUGAAGACUAUAGACAUGGUCAUCCGUAACACUCAGGGAGCUGAGGGGGUCCUGAAACAGUAUGAGGACUGUUUGCGUGAGGUCCAAGCUGUACCCAGUGACAUCAAGGAAGUAGAGACUCAAAGAUCAAAGCUUAAGAAAAUGCGAGCUGAGGCUGAGAGUGAGCAGCCGGUGUUCGACUCGUUGGAGGAGGAGCUGAAGAAAGCCUCCACCGUCAGUGACAAGAUGUGCCGUGUGCACACUGAGCGAGAUAUUGAGCUGGACCACUAUCGCCAGCUGACCACCAGUCUCGAGGACCGCUGGAAAGCCGUGUUCACCCAGAUUGACCUUCGCCAGAGAGAGCUGGAGCAGCUCGGCCGACAGCUCGGCUACUACCGUGAGAGCUACGACUGGCUCAUCCGCUGGAUAGCCGAUGCCAAGCAAAGGCAGGAGAAAAUCCAAGCUAUGCCCAUCACAGACAGUAAAACUCUCAAAGAUCACCUGGCACAGGAGAAGAAACUGCUGGAGGAGAUUGAACAGAAUCAAGGAAAAGUUGAUGAGUGUCAAAAGUAUGCCAAAGCAUACAUUGAUACAAUCAAGGACUAUGAGCUGCAGUUGGUCGCCUACAGAGCUCAGGUGGAGCCUCUCGCUUCUCCUCUGAAGAAGGCUAAACUCGAUUCUGCCUCUGACAACAUCAUUCAGGAGUAUGUAACUCUAAAGACUAAGUACAGCGAGCUGAUGACUCUUACAAAUCAAUACAUCAAGUUCAUCAUCGACAUGCAGCAACGUUUGGAGGACGAGGAGAAAGCUGCACAGAAACUCAAAGCAGAAGAGCAAAAAAAGAUGGCGGAGAUGCAGGCUGAGUUAGACAAACAGAAGCAGUUAGCUGAAGCUCAAGCAAAGGCCGUUGCUAACGCUGAGAAAGAGGCCCGUGAGCUGAAGCUGAAAAUGCAGGAAGAAGUAAACAGGAGAGAAGUUGCUGCUGUAGAUGCGGAAAACCAAAAGCAAAACAUCCAGCUGGAGCUAUGUGAGCUUAAAAACCUCUCAGAGCAACAAAUCAAAGACAAAAGCCAGCAAGUGGAUGAAGCUCUUCAAAGUAGACUCAAGAUUGAAGAGGAAAUCCGUCUUAUAAGACUUCAGCUUGAGACAACAGUAAAUCAAAAGGCUACCGCAGAAUCUGAGGUCAAGCAACUUCGAGAUAGAGCUGAGGAAGCAGAAAAACUCAGAAAGGCUGCCCAGGAGGAGGCCGAAAAGCUCCGUAAGCAGGUCAGCGAGGAGACACAGAAAAAGCGCAUAGCCGAGGAGGAACUUAAGCGCAAAUCUGAGGCAGAGAAGGAAGCAGCGAAACAAAAACAAAAAGCCCUUGAGGACCUUGAAAACCUCAGAAGGCAGGCUGAAGAAGCUGAGAGACAAGUCAAGCAAGCAGAGGUUGAAAAAGAAAAACAAAUCAAAGUAGCUCAUGAGGCAGCCCAGAAGAGCGCUGCUGCUGAACUCCAGAGCAAACACAUGUCAUUUGCAGAAAAGACCUCCAAAUUGGAGGAAUCACUCAAGCAAGAGCACGGCGCCGUGCUUCAGCUACAACAAGAAGCAAAUCGUCUCAAGAAACAACAAGAGGAUGCAGAAAACGCCAGAGAAGAGGCUGAAAAAGAACUUGAAAAAUGGAGACAGAAAGCCAAUGAAGCCCUUCGUCUAAGACUCCAAGCUGAAGAAGAAGCACACAAAAAGACUGUAGCCCAAGAAGAAGCCGAAAAACAAAAAGAGGAUGCAGAACGGGAGGCAAAGAAGAGAGCCAAAGCUGAAGAGUCCGCUCUGAAGCAGAAGGAAAUGGCAGAGCAAGAACUUGAGAGGCAGAGGAAGGUAGCUGAGAGCACAGCUCAGCAGAAGCUCACAGCAGAACAGGAGCUCAUUCGACUGAGGGCAGAUUUUGACAAUGCAGAACAACAGAGAUCCUUGCUUGAGGAUGAACUCUAUCGUCUGAAAAAUGAAGUCAUUGCUGCACAGCAACAAAGAAAAGAACUAGAAGAUGAACUGGCCAAAGUGAGGAGCGAGAUGGAUUUACUUAUUCAGUUGAAGUCUAAGGCGGAAAAGGAGUCUAUGUCCAACACAGAGAAAAGUAAACAACUUCUUGAAGCAGAAGCCUCCAAGAUGAAGGACCUUGCUGAUGAAGCAAGUCGACUCAGAGCCAUUGCAGAGGAAGCCAAGCAUCAGCGGCAAAUUGCAGAGGAAGAAGCAGCUCGGCAGAGAGCGGAGUCUGAGCGGAUUCUCAAAGAGAAGCUUGCUGCGAUCAGUGAAGCAACCCGCCUUAAAACAGAGGCUGAGAUUGCGUUGAAAGAGAAGGAGGCAGAAAAUGAGAGGCUCAGGCGCCAAGCUGAGGAUGAGGCUUACCAGAGGAAAUCCCUCGAGGACCAGGCAAACCAGCACAAGCAAGACAUAGAAGAAAAGAUAGUCCAGCUUAAAAAGUCAUCGGAGGUUGAAAUGGACAGACAACGAGCAUUAGUGGAUGACACGCUCAAACAGAAGCGGAUUGUUGAAGAAGAAAUCCGAAUCCUUAAGCUUAACUUUGAAAAGGCUUCAUCUGGAAAACUCGAUCUUGAGCUAGAACUUAACAAGCUGAAAAACAUUGCAGAAGAAACUCAACAAAGCAAGCUUAGAGCUGAAGAGGAGGCUGAGAAGCUGAGGAAGCUUGCCCUGGAGGAAGAGAAGAGGAGAAGAGAAGCAGAAGAAAAGGUCAAGAAGAUUGCCGCUGCAGAAGAAGAGGCGGCCAGACAACGCAAGGCAGCCCAAGAUGAGCUUGAACGUCUGAAAAAGAAAGCAGAAGAAGCCAGAAAGCAGAAAGAUGAAGCUGAUAAAGAAGCUGAGAAACAGAUUGUUGAAGCCCAACAAGCUGCCCUCAAAUGCAGUGCAGCAGAGCAGCAAGUGCAAAGCGUCCUUGCUCAACAGAAAGAGGACAGCUUAAUGCAGAAGAAGCUUAAGGAAGAGUAUGAGAAAGCCAAGAAGCUUGCUAAAGAGGCAGAGGCGGCUAAGGAAAAGGCAGAAAGAGAAGCAGCUCUUCUUCGUCAACAAGCAGAGGAGGCAGAAAGACAAAAGGCUGCUGCUGAGCAGGAAGCCAUCAUCCAAGCCCAAGCUCAGGAAGAUGCUGAGAGGUUGAGGAAGGAGGCUGAAUUUGAAGCUGCUAAGCGAGCACAGGCAGAGGCUGCAGCUCUCAAGCAGAAACAACAAGCCGAUGCUGAAAUGGCAAAGCACAAAAAGCUGGCUGAGCAAACACUUAAACAGAAGUUUCAAGUGGAACAAGAGCUGACAAGGGUUAAACUUCAGCUUGAUGAAACGGAUAAACAGAAGUCUGUCCUGGAUGAUGAGCUCCAGCGCCUUAAGGAUGAAGUUGAUGAUGCUGUCAAGCAAAAAGCCCAGGUGGAAGAUGAACUGUUCAGAGUUAAGGUUCAGAUGGAGGAGCUACUCAAACUAAAAUUGAAAAUUGAGGAGGAAAACCAGCGGCUAAUCAAAAAGGACAAAGAUAACACUCAAAAGUUCCUUGCUGAAGAGGCUGAGAAUAUGAAAAAGCUUGCAGAAGAUGCUGCUAGGCUCAGUGUUGAGGCCCAAGAGGCUGCUCGCUUAAGACAGAUUGCAGAAGAUGAUCUCAACCAGCAGCGAGCACUGGCAGACAAAAUGCUCAAAGAGAAAAUGCAAGCCAUUCAAGAGGCAUCCAAACUCAGAGCUGAGGCUGAGAUGCUCCAAAAGCAGAAAGAUCUAGCUCAAGAGCAGGCUCAAAAGCUUCUAGAGGAUAAACAGCUGAUGCAGCAGCGUCUAGAGGAGGAGACGGAGGAGUACCAGCGAACACUUGAAGCAGAAAGAAAAAAGCAAAUUGGUAUCUUGGCUGAAGCUGAAAAACUAAAACUUCAGGUCUCUCAGCUCAGUGAUGCUCAGGCCAAAGCUGAAGAAGAGGCCAAAAAAUUCAAGAAACAGGCUGAUACCAUUGCAGCCCGCCUUCACGAGACUGAAAUCGCAACAAAGGAAAAAAUGACUACUGUCGAAAAACUGGAAUAUGAGAGACAAAACACAAGCAAAGAGGCUGAUGAUUUACGCAAAGCAAUCGCAGACCUAGAGAAUGAGAAGGCUAGACUGAAAAAAGAGGCUGAGGACCUUCAAAAUAAAUCAAAAGAGAUGGCUGAUGCACAGCAAAAACAAAUUGAGCAUGAGAAGACUAUGCUUCAGCAGACAUUCUUGACAGAAAAGGAGCUACUUUUGCAGAAGGAGAAGCUUAUUGAGGAGGAAAAGAAGAGACUGGAAAGCCAGUUUGAGGAGGAAGUAAGAAAGGCAAAAGCUCUAAAAGAUGAGCAAGAACGCCAGAGACAGCUGAUGGAAGAGGAGAAGAAGAACCUUUUAGCUACCAUGGACGCAGCACUUAGCAAACAGAAAGAGGCAGAGCAAGAGAUGAUUAACAAGCAAAAAGAAAUGCAAGAACUAGAGAGAAAGAGAUUAGAACAAGAACGGAUUCUUGCCGAAGAAAACCAGAAAUUACGUGAAAAAUUGCAGCAGCUUGAAGCCCAAAAAGAAACUAAUAUUAACACUGUUCCAGGCAAAGAGCAUGUCCAUUUGACAACAGUUGAAAUAACAAAGACAAUUUAUAAUGGUCAAGCCAUUGACACUGUAGAUGGUGUAGAAAAGAAACCAGAUCCUUUAGCUUUUGAUGGCAUCCGUGAUAAGGUACCAGCAAGCAGACUCCAUGACCUUGGGCUUUUACCCAAGAAGGAGUUUGACAAGCUUAAAGAUGGCAAAACCACUGUUCAGGAGCUUAGUAAAACUGAAAAUCUCAAACAAAUUCUUAGAGGAAAGCAGGCAAUUGCUGGUAUUUUAACACCAAAUAAUCAAAAAAUGUCAAUUUAUCAAGCUUCAAAGGAAAAAAUGAUUACUCCAGGUACAGCAAUGAUCCUCCUUGAGGCACAGGCAGCCACAGGUUACAUGUUAGAUCCCAUUAAGAAUCAGAAACUUACUGUUAAUGAGGCAGUCAAGGAAGGUUUGAUUGGCCCUGAACUACAUGACAAAAUGCUUUCAGCCGAAAGGGCUGUUGUUGGCUACAAAGAUCCCUACACUGGUGGAAAGAUCUCUGUUUUUGAAGCAAUGAAGAAAGAUCUGAUAGACCGUGACCAUGCAAUCAGAAUCCUUGAAGCCCAGCUUGGCACUGGUGGCAUUAUUGAUCCUGUCAACAGUCAUCGUGUUCCCAAUGAAAUAGCCUAUAAACAGGGACAGUACGAUGCAGAAAUGAAUAAGAUAAUGGCAAAACCAUCAGAUGAUGCAAAGGGAUACUUUGACCCCAGUACUCAGGAACCACUGACAUAUUCUGAGCUUAUGGCAAGAUGCACUGCUGACCCAGACACCAAUCUGUUAAUUCUGCCAAUCACAGAAAAAGCAGCUCAGUGCUCCAGUAUUUACACAGAAGAAGAGACAAAAGAUGUUUUCAGCAAAACAACAGUAUCUGUACCCUUUGGAAGAUUCAAGGGUAAAACCGUCACAAUUUGGGAGAUAAUAAACUCAGAAUAUUUCACGGAAGAUCAGAAGAAGGACCUUCUUCGGCAGUACAAGACAGGCAAAAUAACCAUUGAAAAAAUAAUAAAGAUUGUUAUUACUGUGGCUGAGGAAAAGGAGAAGAAAAAGGAAAUUACCUUUGAUGGUUUGAGAACACCUGUUCCUGCCAGUGAGCUCCUGGAAUCUAAAGUCAUUGAUAAUGAUCUUUAUAACAAAUUGCUAAAGGGCAGUGUGUCAGUUAAGGAUGUCUCAGAGUUGAAACCAGUUCACAAAGCGCUCCAGGGUACAGACUGCAUUGCAGGGGUACUCAUUAACUCAUCAAAGGAGACAAUGUCAUUUUAUCAAGCUAUGAAGAGGGACAUCAUGAGAGCAGGACUUGCUUUGAAAUUGCUUGAAGCCCAAGCAGGAUCGGGCUACGUGGUUGACCCUGUGCAAAACCAAAAGUACACUGUUGAUGAGGCGGUCAAAGCUGGGGUUGUUGGUCCUGAGCUGCAUGAAAAGCUCCUGUCUGCGGAGAGAGCAGUUACUGGUUACAAAGAUCCUUACACUGGAAACACUGUCUCUCUCUUCCAAGCAAUGAAGAAAGAUCUUAUUCCAAAAGAGCAAGGUAUCAGACUGCUAGAUGCCCAAAUGACCAGUGGUGGAAUCAUUGAUCCAGUAAACAGCCAUCGCAUACCUCAUGAUGUUGCUUGCCAGAGAAAUUACUUAGAUGAUGAUAUGAAACAGCGUCUACACAGUCCAACUGAUGAAACUAAGUGUUUCUUUGAUCCAAACACAAAAGAAAAUGUCACAUACUCACAGUUGUUUGAAAGAUGUGUUACUGACAAGAAAACUGGUCUUAAGCUUCUUCCACUUAGUGAUGAAGCAAUCAAUGAUAAAGAAGAAUCAACAUACACUGAGGCCCAGGCAAAAGAGGCUAUGACACAGGCAACUCUGGAGCUUGAUCAUGGACCAUUUAAAGGCAGAAAGAUGACACUCUGGGAAAUAAUCAACAGUGACUAUUUCACUGAAGAACAGAGAUUAGAACUGCUUAGACAGUUUAGAACAGGAAAAGUUACAAUUGAAAAGAUUAUUAAGAUCAUGAUCACCAUUGUAGAAGAGAAGGAGGCCAUGAAAAAGGAACAAUCCAGCUUUAAGGGACUCCGAGAUUAUGCUCCAGCGGACUCCCUUUAUGACUCCAAAAUAAUUGACAAAACAACCUUUGACCUUCUUCAAAAAGGCAAAACAACACCUAAGAAAGUCAGUGAGGAUCCACAAGUAAGUAAAUACCUCCGGGGCACUGAAAGUAUUGCUGGAAUCUACCUGGACCCAACAAAUGAAAAAAUUAGUAUUUAUCAGGCCAUGAAGAAAAAACUUCUUAGGCACAACACUGGCCUUUUGCUUCUCGAGGCUCAGGCAGCCACUGGUUUCAUGGUAGAUCCAGUGAAAAACCAAUGUCUUUCAGUAGAUGAGGCAGUGAAGGCAGGACUUGUUGGUCCAGAGCUCCAUGAAAAACUCCUCUCUGCAGAAAAAGCUGUCACAGGUUACAAAGAUCCAUUCACAGGAAAGAAAAUCUCUCUUUAUGAAGCAAUGCAAAAAGAUCUUAUACUCAGAGAACAUGCCAUCCCCCUGCUGCAAGCACAGAUGUUCAGUGGUGGAAUCAUUGAUCCUGUAAACAAUCACCGUGUACCAACAGAUGCUGCAUACCAAAGGCAAAUUUUCAGUAAGGAAGUGGCCAAGACCUUGUCUGAAUCUUCAGUUGAAAGCAAGCCUUUCUCCGAUCCAGAAACUGAUGAGAAUGCAAGUUACAAGCAACUUAAAGACAAAUGCAAAAAAGAUAAAGACACAGGCCUGUACAUCCUUCCCCUCUCCAAACCCCAGUCUCCAACUGUUGUGGAGAAGACAUAUCUUUAUACAGAAGAACAAACUCAGAGUGAUCUUACCAGCACCCAGAUUGACAUUCCAAUUGAGGGCCUUGCUGAUAAGCCAAUGAACCUCUGGGAUGUCAUGAACUCAAAUUUGCUUCCAGAGCAGGAGAGGGAGAAACUCUUGGAAGAAUACCGUUCUGGCAAAAUCACUAAAGAACGGAUGAUCAUCAUUAUAAUUGAGAUAAUGGAGCAAAGAGAAGUGAUCAGAAAUGACAGUGCAUUGUCGUAUAAGACCAUAAGAAGAAGGAUAACUAUUGAGGAGCUCUACAGUGCCCGCAUCAUUGAUCUGGAGACAUACAACCUUCUGAAACAGGGCAAGAGAGAUAUUUGUGAUAUAAUGGAGAUGACCAGUGUAAAACAGUAUCUCUAUGGCACAGGCUGUGUUGCUGGUGUCACAACAGACUCAAGCUCCAAGAUUAGCAUAUAUCAGGCAAUGAAAAGAGGUUUUAUUAAACCAGAAAUAGGCCUCAGUCUCUUGGAGGCACAAGCUGCAACAGGCUUUAUUAUUGACCCAAUAAAGAAUGAAACACUCACUGUUGAUGAAGCUGUUCGUAAGGAAGUUGUUGGACCCGAGAUCCAUGACAAACUGCUUUCAGCUGAAAGAGCUGUCACUGGAUACAAGGAUCCAUACAGUGGGAAGAUCAUAUCUCUUUUCCAGGCCAUGAAAAAGGAUCUUGUUCCAGAGGAUUAUGCCCUAAAAAUGUUGGAGGCGCAAACUGCUACUGGAGGCAUCAUUGAUCCAGAAUUCCAGUUUCAUCUUCCAGCUGACAUUGCAUUGCAAAGAGGUUAUAUUAACAAGGAAACCAAUGAGAAGCUGACAGACAAUGUCAAGGGUUUCAUCGAUCCAGUUACAGAUGAACAACUGUCAUACGCCCAGCUCCUCAAAAGAUGCAAGUUAGAAGGUGGAUUGCGCCUACUGUCCUUGGGAGAUAAGAGACUAACAUUCAAGGGAUUGAGAAAACAGAUCACAAUGGAGGAGCUGAUUCGAUCACAAAUUAUUGACCAGCAGACUGUCACUGAAUUGAAUGAGGGCCUACUUUCAGUGGAGGAAGUUAGCAAUAGACUCUCAAGAUAUCUCGAGGGCACAGGGUGCAUUGCUGGUGUGUUCUUGGAGUCAAACAAAGAGCGUCUUUCCAUUUACCAGGCCAUGAAGAAAAACAUGAUAAGACCAGGCACUGCAUUUGAACUGCUUGAGGCUCAGGCGGCCACAGGAUAUGUCAUUGAUCCAAUCAAGAACCUGAAACUGACUGUAAAUGAGGCUGUAAAGAUGGGAAUUGUAGGUCCAGAAUUCAAAGACAAGCUUCUCUCUGCUGAGCGUGCAGUGACAGGGUAUAGAGAUCCAUAUUCAGGCAAGACGAUCUCUUUGUUCCAGGCCAUGAAAAAGGGACUCAUCUUGAAAGAUCAUGGAAUCCGUCUCCUGGAAGCUCAGAUUGCCACCGGUGGAAUAAUUGACCCAGAAGAAAGUCAUCGUUUACCCGUUGAAAUAGCCUACAAACGUGGAUUCUUUGAUGAAGAAAUGAAUGAAAUUCUGACUGACCCAUCAGAUGACACCAAGGGUUUCUUUGAUCCUAAUACUGAAGAAAAUCUUACCUAUCUUCAGCUUAUGGAAAGGUGUAUUACUGAUCCUGACACUGGCCUUGUGCUCCUGCUACUGAAAGAAAAGAAGCGGGAAAGAAAGACCUCCUCCAAAUCAUCUGUCCGUAAACGCAGAAUUGUUAUUGUAGACCCAGAGACAGGCAAAGAGAUGUCUGUAUAUGAGGCCUACAGGAAAGGGCUCAUUGACAACCAAACAUACCUGGAGCUCUCUGAACAGGAGUGUGAAUGGGAGGAAAUCACAAUGACCUCCUCUGAUGGCACUGUAAAAUCCAUUAUUAUUGACAGAAGAUCAGGUAGACAGUAUGACAUUGAUGAUGCUAUUUCACGCGGACUUAUUGACCAGAAUUCCCUUGAUACAUAUAGAGCUGGGAACCUGUCCAUCACAGAGUUUGCAGACAUGCUUUCUGGAGGUAUGGGAGGCUUCCGUUCACGCUCAUCCUCAUUUGGUUCUACAUCUGGUUCCACUUACUCCACUUCCAUGAGCCCCAUACCCUCCACUAAACCCCCUGCUGUAAUAUGGAAUGACCCAUCAGAAGAGACAGGACCUAUAGCAGGAAUAUUGGACAUAGAUACACUAGAGAAGGUUUCUAUUACUGAAGCUAUGCACAGAAAUGUAUUAGACAACAUUACAGGCCAAAGACUGUUGGAGGCCCAAGCCUGCACAGGAGGAAUACUUGAUCCCACGACUGGGGAGAAACUGACAGUUGCUGAAGCUACAGAGAAAGGCUUGGUUGAUAAGGUUAUGGUUGAUCGCCUCAAUCUGGCACAAAAAGCUUUUAAUGGAUUUGAAGACCCAAGAACUAAAGUAAAAAUGUCAGCUUCUCAGGCUCUAAAGAAAGGCUGGUUGUAUUAUGAAGCUGGUCAGCGUUUCCUUGAGGUUCAAUAUUUGACAGGUGGACUUAUCGAGCCAGAUAUUCCAGGCCGAGUGUCUCUGGAUGAAUCCAUCAGAAAAGGAACAAUCGAUGCCCGAACUGCCCAAAAACUAAGAGAUGUCAGUGCCUAUUCAAAAUAUCUAACAUGCCCAAAAACUAAGCUGAAAAUCUCCUUCAAAGAUGCCAUGGACAGAAGCAUGGUUGAAGAAGGCUCUGGUAUGAGGCUUCUAGAAGCCUCCUCACAGUCUAGCAAAGGGCUCUACAGUCCCUACAAUGCCAGUGGCUCUGGAUCUGCAUAUGGCUCUCGGACUGGGUCAAGAACCGGAUCUCGUACAGGCUCUAGGAGAGGCAGCUUUGAUGCUGGCACAGGCUUUAACAUGAACUUCUCAUCCUCCUCCUAUACAUCCUCAUCUAGCUACAGCCGCAGAUACUAAUGACCUAUUGCUGUUCCUGAUAACCUUUGAUUAAGAACCAAUAGUACUAAUGCACUUUAUAGAUGCAUUUCUAACAGGAAAAAUAGUUGCUGUAGCGAAAAAGUAAAAAUUAUUUAUUCAAUAUUGCAUGUCAUCAAAUUAAGAUUGCCUUAACAAUGGAUUUCUUUUAUAUAUAUAUAUUUGAACUUUACUUCUGUAAACAAGUGCCUCUUUUGUGAGGAAUUAACCAUGGAUCACUAUGAAUAUGGAAAAAUCAAAUUAAUUUAAUAACAGUUAUUAAGUCAAACUUUUCUAAGACAAAUUCCAAAAGAAAGCAAUGUUUCUGCUGUUUUUAGGUGACCAUAUUCUUUUUCUUUUUUUUUUUUUACAAGUGUUCAAUAGAUGUGUACUAGUGCUUUCUAAGACUAAUAUAUAUUAUAUACAUACCAAAAAAAAAAUACUUUUUUCCACUGCCCAUGUUUUUUGAAAGUUUUAUAGUUGUUUAGUUCAUUUAUUUUGCCUAUUUUACAGCUUUAUGACUAGUAGUAAUGACAAAUUGAAUGUCAACAGAUUUAAUGUUUUUAUCUACAACAUACAGAUGCAUUUGAUACUUUGAAACAUUUGUAUAGAGUAUGUAAUGUUUUCAUAUUAUCUGACAAUAUGUACACUGUACUGCGUAAAUGAGAGCACCAAAUAUACCAGUAAAACACUACAAACUGAACCAUUAUCGAAUGCAUCAUUGAAAGGGACUAUUGUAAUCAACUGAAAAGACUGUUGUUAAUUUGGUUCCACAUUGUCAUUACCUCUGGCAUUUUAUAAUCAGUAGGAAAGUAAGCAUCUUUAUUGUUGUACAAACUGCAAAUUCUGGGUUCCUCAAAUUGAACAUCAGUCAAGUGUUCCUGCCAAAUCCCAAGAUGAUGUCACACUCAGUCCUGCACUCCUUCACCAACCUGCUGCCUGUUUAUUUGAAUUUUAUUGGUAAAUCAAUCAGAGUCCAAAAUGUCAAAAUGGAUAAUCAGUGGCCCCGAGUGCAUUCCUCACCUGCUGUUGAUGGAUACGUGAGACCACGUCAUCCUCACUCA